CUACAAGGGGACCAGAGAGGGUCCUGAUCUGGUUUAAUCCACUACAAGGGGACCAGAGAGGGUUCUGAUCUGGUUUAAUCCACUACAAGGGGACCAGAGAGGGCCCUGAUCUGGUUUCCCCUCCAACGAGACUGGAACUUUCUCCACAGCUGCCUCGGAGGAACCGCUGCAGGGUUUUGAGUGAAACCGAAGUAAGUGAAGUGUUGAGCGUCUCAGUGAGCUGAGAGCUGAGCGUCCCAGAGGAGGAAGCUGCUGCUGCUGCUUAACAUCAAACCAAUUAUCAGUAAGUCGGAGGAUUAGCAGCAGCAGCUGAUCUGCUUUUAAUGGGAUCAGAGUGAUCGCAGUUUGAGGAUGAUGAGUUGCAGCUCGCUCACAUUCACACCUUUGUUCUGCAGGAAAAUAUCAGCGUGGAGGAGCCCACUGCACUUCUGACGGGUUUAUGUGAAUAUUUGGUUGAUUUGAUGGCAGACCCCUCUGCCCCCCCAGCAGUAUGGACUGUCCUGACCUGCAGCUCGGCAUUAUGGGUCUGAAACCAGGAGUUCUGACCGAGUCGCAUUCAGCUUCUUCUUCUUUGUGGAACGGAUUAAAACUCUUUUAAACUCGGACGGCUUCUCAAACUGCUUCAACAGAGGAAAACUGUUUUCUUAUUGGUAAAUUUGUUAUUUUCUGCUGUUUGAGUGUUUGAUCGCACCAAGUGGUCAAGAUGCCGUUCAUGCCGGUGAAGUUCAACCUGCAGAAGCGGGUGAAGCUGGCUCAGGGUCUGUGGAUGAUCUACUGGCUCUCGGUCAUCGUGGGGAUCCUCAUCUUCAGCCUCGGCCUCUUCUUCAAGAUCGAGCUGCGGAAGCGAAGCGAGAUGAUGGACAACAACGAGAGCCACUUAGUGCCCAACCUGCUGAUCCUGGUGGGCUUGUUGGCCUGCGGGGUCAACGCCUUCGGAGGGAAGGUGUGCCACGACUCUCUGGACCCCAUCAAGUUUGCCAAGUGGAAGCCGAUGCUGAAGCCGUACCUGCUGGCGUGCUGCGGUUUCAACGCGCUGCUGCUGCUGACGGCGCUGCUCUGCUUCCUCAUGCAGUUCGCCGUGUACCUGACGCUGGCCGAGGGCCUGAAGAACAGCAUCAAGUUCUACAAGGACACGGACACGCCGGGACGCUGCUUCAUGAAGAGGACGCUGGACAUGACGCAGAUCGAGUUCCGCUGCUGCGGCAACAACAACUUUAGGGACUGGUUCGAGGUGCAGUGGAUCAGCAACCGCUACCUGGACAUGAGCAACGACCAGGUCAAAGAUCGUGUCCUCAGUAACGUGGAGCAGAAGUACCUGAUGGACAGCGUCCCGUUCAGCUGCUGUAACCCCGGAUCUCCUCGUCCCUGCAUCCAGCACCACCUCACCAACAACUCGGCCCACUACGACUACGACCACCGCAUCGAGGAGCUCAACAUCUGGACCCGGGGCUGCCGCGAGGCCCUCUUCUCCUACUUCAGCAGCGUGAUGAACAGCAUCGGGGUGCUCAUCAUCUUCACCAUCCUGCUGGAGUCGGCAGACAUGGCGGGGCUGAAGUACCUGACCACGGCGCUGGAGACGAUGGAGGACCCGGAGAACCCGGAGUGUGAAAGUGAAGGCUGGCUGCUGGAGAAAGGCGUGAAGGAAACGUUCGGCGAGCUGCUCGCCAAGCUGAAGACGCUCGGCAAGGGCAACCAGGUGGAGGAGGGCGGGGACGGGGAGGCCGCCACCUGAGAGCCCCGCCCACCACCAAGGA